AACAUGGAAAGCAUAGCGAGUGGGCGUGGUCACUGGGCGGGGCAGUGAAGCGUCGCGUGUCACUGGAGGGGCGUGGUCUGCUUCUCCCCGGGCGGCCACGCGACGCAUUCAGGUCAUUAGACGAAGUUUGUUUUGGCCAGAGUGACCGAGGGCUGACAGGACCGGGGGCGCCAGCGGAGGUUGCAUCGACCGGCGAAGGAAGAGAGUGAAAAUGGGCAAUAAAGUCGUCGCCUUCACUGAAGAACAGCUUGAUGAAUACCAGGCCUGUACCUUCCUCUCAAGAAAGGACAUCUUGAGAGCGCAGCGCAUGUUCCGGCAGCUGAGUGAGUGCCAUCUACCCCCUGUAGUGGAGCGCGAGUGUGCCGCCUCUCUCACUGUGCCUUAUGCUGCUCUCGACACUUUAACGGAACUCAAGGAGAACCCCUUUCGACGGCGAGUGUGCGAAGUAUUCAGCACCAACGCAUCGGCUUCCCUCACGUUCGACCAGUUCCUAGAGAUGUUCUCGGUGUUCAGCGAGCAUGCGCCUAGGGACAUCAAGGCGAUAUAUGCCUUCAGGAUAUAUGAUUUCGACGGCGAUGGAUUCCUCGGCGAGUCGGACCUUCUGCACGCUGUGAAGCACCUCUCCCAUGACCUGCUUACGCCUGACGAAUAUAACACUAUUGUUGCUAAGGUACAGACAAGGCCCCCGGGGGGAAGCAGACCCUGGACUGCGGGCGGACCCCCUCUCCCCAUCGGAUUCAUCCCCGUGAUCCUGAAAAUGUCCCCGAUUUUUGUGCCCAAUUUUCCCUAUCAGUAUAUUGGCUUGAUACUUUCUGGCACUUUUAACAACUAUUGCCUCAAUACCAUUCUGGAAAGACCGAGGCAUUACCUUAUGGACAAAGCUGGAACUGAAAGGUUGAUUGGUCAAUGUGAUAUAAAAGUAAAAGUUAUUGAGAAAAACCUUGCUGACAGGAUGGUGAUAGGAAUACGGAGGAGAGGCAACACAGAAACAAUCAACAAUAGUGUUAUAUUCGUCAUGCGUAGCAGUCCAUGGAGAGGUGCUUCACAGCGUGCCAGAGGGUCCGACUCGCGAGGGAAUCCAUCGCCCGGGGGGACAGAAUCUACGGGUUAA